AUGUCUACAAACUCCCUCCCAGAGCGGUACAAGCUCAUCUUCUUCGUCCCAACGGCCAAUGCAGAGAUGUGCAAGGAAGCCAUCUUCACCACGGGCGCAGGGACAUUCCCAGGUGGGAAGUACACCAAGUGUUGUUUCCAGACUGCUGGAACAGGCCAAUUCCUGCCCAACGAAGGCGCAAACCCAGCGAUCGGAGUUAUCGGGGAUUUGGAGCGAUGUGAGGAGGUCAAAGUUGAGAUCAUGUGUGUUGGUCGACAAGUUAUGCUGAACGCAGUCGACGUUUUGAUCACGACCCAUCCAUAUGAGGAGGUUCCUUAUGAGGUUUAUAAGAUGGAGAAUGUUUAUAAUCCCUGGACGCUGAUUUGGCCAGGGCCCGCCCGAGUAAAACGCCUCGUCAACUUGACUUCUCCUCCAACCUCCAACCUCGAAACUCCCCCCCCAAUUGACCCUCACUCAUCGCCCGCGAUGGCCUCCAAGUUCUUCUCAGUCCCGCGGGUCGGCCGCCAGCUGGUGCACCAGCUCCCCAAACCCCAAUACAGAGCCUUCUCCGCCGGUUCGCAACGGUUCAGCGACUCCCUUUCGGUGCACCGCAACAAGCCGUACAACAACCCGACCCUCCCGUUUAAGUUUUCCGACCAGAACCUCAAGCUCGCCGAUGAGAUCCUCAAGCGCUACCCUCCCCAGUACAAGAAGGGCGCUGUCAUGCCUCUGCUUGACCUCGGUCAGCGCCAGCACGGCUUCACCAGUAUUAGCGUCAUGAACGAGGUCGCUCGCAUGCUCGAGAUGCCCCCGAUGCGCGUCUACGAGGUUGCGACCUUCUACACCAUGUACAACCGCGAGCCCGUUGGCAAGUACUUCGUGCAGAUCUGCACCACGACCCCAUGCCAGCUUGGCGGCUGCGGUAGUACCGCCAUCGUCAAGGCCAUUACCGAGCACCUUGGAAUCACCCCCGGACACACCACCGAGGACGGCCUUUUCACAUACAUCGAGGUCGAAUGCCUGGGCGCUUGCGUUAACGCCCCCAUGGUCCAAAUCAACGACGAUUACUACGAGGAUUUGACCCCAGAGUCCAUCAAGACCCUCCUGACAGCCCUCAAGGACGCCGCCACCGCUACCGGUGCCGGCGCCGGCACCAAGAUUCCCGCCCCUGGCCCGCUGAGCGGACGCGCCACCUGCGAGAACAGCGCCGGCCUGACCAACCUGACGGACGUGCCGGAGUGGAACCCCGAGCAGAUGAUGCGCAAGGACAAUGCAUUGGAUGCGGCACCCAAGCAAUAG